AUGUUAUGUUCUUCUGUUUGCAUCAAGCAGAACCCCCCAAGCAACCAUAAAUUAAGCAUUGGAUCCCUGCGACUCGGAACACCAGGAGGCACUGAGGAAAACUCGCGAAAAAGGCCCAAAGGUGGGAGCAGGGACUUGCACAGUUUCCCCUCAAAACAACGGCAUGCUGCUGCUGUCGCUGACAUCGUUAAAAUAUCCCCAGAUGGGACUGCUACACCAAUCAAGAGCACCCUGUGCAGCCCAAAGGUGUCUUCCUCUUUUUCCCACAGAGUCACACACAAGGAAGCAAAACAAUCUUGCGACGUCCUCACACCUUAG